CUGGUAGGGCAGUUAGUUUGUCAGUUUGCAUCCUAGGAAGAAGAUAAUUUCAGUCGGAAUCGCGGUCACCGAUCUUCGAGCGUGGAUCGGAAGUUGUGAACAGUGCGACCGAUGUUGAGCGCAGCGUGGAAAACCGACGACAGGUUCGAUUAACGCUGCACGCAUCUGAUGACGGAAUUACCUAGAAACAUGCCUCCAAUACGCUUAUGAAUCGACUGCACGAUUCAUGCAGAUUCGUCGUUUAGUUGUUAAAGAUGUGCGCCGCGAAAGUUUGAGCCUCGCUGUACGAUGCAGUCCAUUUAUUGGACCGGGAGGCUGUUGUCUCGAGCGAUAUGGAACGGCAUAUCAAAUUACACAGCAUGCGCCGAUCCUAACGUGAAUAAACAUCGCGAAGCAUCUUUCAUUUCGGGAGUGUGUGGUUUUCCCAAAGACUUCACACGGGGACGUAUUCGCAAGGGUCAGUUCGGUGAUGACGCUUGGUUCAGUGCCAAAUUCAAGGCUGCCGAAGUGAUAGGGGUAGCAGAUGGUGUAGGUGGAUGGAGACUAUAUGGAAUCGACCCAGGAGAAUUUUCUAGCUUUUUAAUGAGAACUUGCGAAAGACUAGUCUCUAUGGGCAGGUUCACACCCUCUGAACCGGCUGGUUUAUUAGCACGUAGUUACUAUGAAUUAUUUGAAAAUAAACAACCCAUAUUAGGUAGCAGCACUGCAUGUGUUAUAGUCCUUAAUAAAGACACAAGCAGCAUUUAUGCAGCUAAUAUCGGCGAUAGUGGUUUUGUAGUUGUAAGGAAAGGGGAAGUUGUUCACCGUUCUUCUGAACAACAACAUUACUUCAAUACUCCAUUUCAGUUGUCUCUUCCACCUCCUGGACAUUCUGGUCUAGUACUUAGUGACAGUCCAGAAUCUGCAGAUACUUCGAAUUUUGGAGUCGAAGAUGGCGAUGUGAUUCUUUUGGCGACGGACGGGGUGUUCGAUAAUGUCCCUGACCAAUUGCUUAUCACUGAAAUGCGGAAAGUUCAAGGGGAACGAGAUCCUAUUAAAAUACAAGGAGUUGCCAAUUCAAUAGCCUGGAUGGCUCGUAGAUUAGCUUUCGACAGCGCAUUUAUGUCUCCAUUCGCACAAAGUGCUAGAGAGAAUGGAAUUGACACUGUAGGUGGUAAACCAGAUGACAUUACAGUGCUUUUAGCAACGGUGGCAAUAUAAUAAAAUAUGUACAAUAGAGUCUUGAUCAUUGUAUUAUAGUCCAUGUCAUUGCGUAUAUGUACCUAGUUAUACAUCAUUAUAUCUUGUUAUAAUAAUCAUUUAUUAUUUAAAUCUAAAUAAAUGGUUUUUGUAAAUCAUUUUCUGUUUUGUAAUUCUUCUUCAUAGACACUAUGAGAAAUACCAAAAAUUUGCGGGCAAAUUCAAUAUUCUUUAAAUAUACAACAGAAAA